UCUUUCAUGCGACUGUUCCUGGCUCUGUAUAUGUUCUUCAUCGCCUCUCGUCAGCAGGUUUCCUCGGAAUCUAUCAGCAGAGAGAGUUUCCCAGAUGGGUUUGUGUUCGGGACAGCUUCCUCAGCUUACCAGAAACCAGUUUGAAGGAGCUGUGAAUGAAGGAAACAAAGGAGAUAGCAUAUGGGACACUUUCACCAAGAAACCAGGAAAGAUAUUGGAUUUCAGCAAUGCAGAUACCACGGUUGAUCAAUAUCACAGAUUCCCUAGUGAUAUAGACCUGAUGAAAGAUCUGGGAAUGGAUGCUUACAGAUUCUCUAUAUCUUGGACUAGAAUAUUCCCUAAUGGAACAGGGGAAGUAAACCCAGAUGGACUUAAGUACUACAACAGUCUCAUAGACACGCUUUUAGCCAAAGGAAUCAAACCUUAUGUGACAUUGUAUCACUGGGAUCUCCCACAAGCUUUAGAAGACAGAUAUCAAGGAUGGUUGAGCAGACAAGUCGUGGAUGAUUUCGAGCAUUACGCAUUCACCUGUUUCAAAGCAUUCGGAGACAGAGUGAAGUACUGGAUCACUUUCAACGAGCCACGCGGGCUAACGAUCCAAGGCUAUGACACGGGGAUACAAGCUCCAGGGAGGUGCUCACUUCUGGGGCAUUGGUUCUGUAAGGAGGGGAAGUCAUCGGUGGAGCCUUAUGUUGUAGCUCAUAACAUUCUCUUGUCUCAUGCUGCUGCUUACCACACCUACCAGAGACACUUCAAGAAGAAACAAGGUGGUCGAAUUGGGAUGUCGUUAGAUGCAAAAUGGUUUGAGCCAAUGUCUGAUUGUGAUGAGGACAGAGAUGCAGCUCGUAGAGCAAUGGAUUUUGGGAUCGGAUGGUUUAUGGAUCCUCUAAUAAAUGGAGACUAUCCACCAUCAAUGAAGAGACAAGUGGAAGAGAGACUACCAAAGAUAACAGCAGAGAUGUCUAAAACCAUAAAAGGGGCAUUUGAUUUCUUUGGAAUCAACCACUACACAACGUUAUACGCCAGGAACGACAGAACAAGGAUAAGGAAACUGAUUCUACAAGAUGCUUCUUCUGAUGCAGCCGUUAUCACAAGCUCUUUUCGAGGAGGAGUGCCUAUAGGAGAAAAAGCAGGAUCAAGCUGGCUACACAUAGUCCCAUGGGGAAUCAGGAAACUAGCAGUGUAUCUCAAAGACGUCUACGGAAACCCACCGGUGUUCAUCACAGAAAAUGGAAUGGAUGAGAAGAACAACCCAUUCAUAGACAUGGAGAAAGCAUUACAAGAUGACAAGAGGAUUAGCUUCCACAGAGAUUACCUCUCCAACUUAUCAGCCGCCAUUAAGAGGGAUGGUUGUGAUGUGAGAGGAUACUUCGUGUGGUCAUUGUUAGACAACUGGGAGUGGAACUCUGGUUACACUGUUCGGUUCGGGAUAUACUAUGUGGAUUAUAAGAACAAUCUCACAAGGGUUCCGAAAGCCUCUGCUCGAUGGUUUCGAACGUUGCUUGAUUCUGAACGGGCUGGUCUUAGCUCUUCUUUAUCAGAUUCUCAUAAGCUUCUGCGGGAGAAAUGAGAGAUCUCAAAGACAGGAAUUUAUACGUACCUUUUGUUCAUACGAAAAAAAAAAUUACAGGAUUUGUUAACAAAUGUGAGACGAUGAUUCAAGCAGAAAUAUAACGGAAUCAAAAUUAAU